AAAACCACCAUCUCCCCCAUCAUCUCCACCUCGACCAGUGCCAAACGCCCAAAAGGAGCCCGACACAGCCGGCAAGAGGUGAUACUCCAGAUCCCCGCCGCCAGAACUCCAUCAAAGCGGCAGUCUCGUAUGUCCAAGGGAAAGAAAGACAGUCCGUCUGGCGCAAUGCACAGGCCUGAAACUGGCUCUCCCUCUAACCCAAUCAACGUAGACAACGACGCAGCCAUGAUUGAUCAGUUGUAUGCAGGAACGUAUAACCUAGGAGAUGACGAUCCAACCACUCCCCAAUCCAACACCUCAUCACUGCGGUUGGAGCGAUCAUUGCACGUACUAUU